ACAAUUUAGAAGUGCCUCGCUCUCCCACGGCUAACCCAGUUAAUAUGAGGAGAAACACUCGGCUAUCUUCGGGAAAACUCGGCACAAGUGUUGUCAGUCGACGCUGUUUGGUUGGCAGCGUGACACGCCUCUUCUACACGUCACGUAACAGUUCCAUUCAAGGUUACACGGCUGUACUGUCCAUGUAUGAGGAGGAAUGGGCUCACAUAUGACCAAUAUAUGCCGGUCACUUUCGAUCUGACAGGAUGCAUUUAGCUGAUUUUGUGUCCGGAUCAUUUGCAGGAGCAUGUGGGGUUGCUGUGGGCUACCCUCUUGACACUGUGAAGGUCCGGAUCCAAACCCAGAAGCAGUUCACUGGAAUAUGGCAGUGUGCAGCUGCAACAUUUUCACAAGAAGGGGUGCAUGGCUUCUUCAAAGGCAUGUCAUUACCUCUCACCACAAUCACUAUGACUUCUUCUGUGGUGUUUGGAACGUACAGAAACUGCCUGCAAUGUCUGAGCCAGGCACGAGGAGCCUGUCCAAACACCAAACUAGACGUCUUCCUGUCUGGUUUGGCAGGUGGUAUAGCUCAGAUAUCAGUGAUGUCUCCAGGUGACAUGGUGAAAGUACGUUUGCAGUGUCAGACUGAGUCCAAACGCGGGAGAGCCAACUCACCCAAACCCAAGUACAGUGGUCCAAUUCACUGUCUGCUGAGCAUCGUCAAAGAGGAGGGUAUUAGGGGGCUUUAUAGAGGAGCACUUCCUCUCAUGCUGAGAGAUGGGCCUUCAUACGCCACUUACUUUUUGACUUACACAACCAUCUGUGAAUGGCUGACUGACAGCGGCAAGAAAAGGCCAGAUUGGAGUGGUGUGAUGCUGGCAGGUGGUGUAGCAGGAAUGGCCGGGUGGACCAUAGGCACGCCGAUGGACGUGAUCAAAGCUCGUCUGCAGAUGGAUGGAGCACGUGAGAUGAGGCGAUAUAAGGGUUUUUUUCACUGCAUCUCAGAGACGGUGAGGGUGGAAGGGUUUGGUGUCUUCUUCAGGAGUUUAGGCAUCAACUGUCUGCGUGCUUUCCCCGUCAAUAUGGUGGUGUUUGUUACAUAUGAGAGUCUCACUGGUUUUCUCAAAGAUGGACCUGGAGGUGUUGACCAGCCUCGUAUAGGGCUGGAAUAGUCUAGACUACCUCUAAACUUUGUCAUGUGCAUUUUAAUGAUGAUGGCUGGUUUUACAUACACGGUGUAAAAGAGUAUUUGUAAAGUAAGAGUUUGAUGAAAACAGUAUUUUUUUUUUCAUAUUUUUAUAUGAAAGAAUUUGAAUAGUUUGAGCAGAAUGUUACAUUUAUGAUAUUCAGUUAAGUUUGGUUAAGCUGGCUAAACACUAGACAAUUUUAGGACCAGUUCUGGGCCAACCCAACCCCUGACGAUUGCCAGAUUUAAAGCAAGUAGUUAUUUGUCCAAAGAACCUUCGAGUGUUAAUUAUUUUACUGCUCCUGAUAAAGUUAAAGCAUCUAUUCAUAAAUAUCUACUAUUUUGGGCUUUGACUCAAUACUUUCAACAGCCAAAGAAAGCAAGCAGACUAGAAAAGUCAUUACAUAAAGACAGCUGUACCAUGAGCCAAGUGGAAUAUUAAAUAGAAGGCCAACUUUGGGGAUUAUGGCACCAACACAAGCGUCUUUAUAAUUCCCUGUGUAAGACAUAGAUACAGUCAGCAUCACAUCACAGUCUUGGGCAGGUUGUUCCAUAGGGGGAGGAAUGUUAUACCCCAGCCAUCAAAUAAUACACAGAGUUUAAACUCCAAUGCUAACGCCACUCAGGUUAAUGUCUUAUUUUAAGUCACUUCUGUCAACUGGCAAAGAGCAAUACACUGAUAACCUAGACAGAUUCGGACUGGACCAUUCAGGUCUUUCUUUGCAGAGUUUGCAUGUUCUCGCAGUGCAUGCAUGGGUUCCCUCUGGGUACUCUGGCUUCCGCAGACCAAAAACAUACUAAUUGGGUUAAUUGGAGACUCUAAAUUGGCUGAAGUUGUUAGUGUUAGCAUGCCUGGUUGUUUUUUCUGUGCCAGACCUGUGAUUGACAGGCAGCCAGGGUGUACCCGGCCUCUCGCCAUUGACAGCUAGGAUAGGCUCCAGCCUCCGUGACCCCGAAAGGGAUAAGCAGCAGAAAAUGGAUGGAAGGAUUAUAUCAAAUAUCAACCAACAUUCAUUCUACCCCUGAAAUAAUGUAAUACAAUUUUGAGAGAGGGAACACAAUGUUAUAUUUACAUGUAAUGAAGUGUUAGUUACAUAUGUUUGGGUUCUGGAUCUCACUGAGUAAGCUCAUCCUUCCGCUGGAUGGCUUGCAGCUAUAGUGCUCUCCUACUUGGCUCUGCGCUUCAAUCAACAUAUUAAACUCAAAUAAAAGAGUUUUUGCCAUUAUCUUAUAUGCUGGUAUUUUUAAAUUAAUUUUAGCCAAUACCGAUAACGAUAUUGGAAUAAAUAUAUCAGACCUAAAACUUAAGCCCUUUUGAACAGAUUUUAUUAUAUAAGGAUGAAUAGAGAAAACAAACUUGAGGACUUAAAACAUAAUUUGAACUUUAAAUAUUAAGAAUGACCAAAGAAAAAUACCUUAACAGGCGUAUGUCUGUUGGUCAAGCCUAAAACUUAAAAUCUUAUCAGAAAAAAUGGCAAACAUUUACAGUCAGUAUAUGCUGAUAUUGAGAGCCAUAGUAUCAAUAUCGGACUCCAAUAAUUGCCUUUUUAAGCCAGGGUGCAGAGGGACCCACAGUAGGUCUUUGGCUUCAGUGUAAAUUGUUUAUUUUUCCUCCUCUGACAUUUCCUGGGUAUUUACUUUAAUCCUUUAUGCUGACUCUCAUGAUGUAAUUUAUUGAUCACUGUAUUAUUUUCCUUCUGAAGUCACAUUUGAUCAUGCAAGCUUCAGUGAGAUCUUGCAUCUGUGCAAUCACUACUACAAAUGGCUGGUGUGUGGUCUCAUGGUCCGGCCAAAUCUUCUCAUGCUUGGACAGCUAUAAUGCCAAAAAUCAUUAUAAUCUGUCCUUACAUCUGUGGUCUCCCAGAUGUUUAAAUUUGGUAAAGAUUUCAAAUCAUCUCGUGUGUAGCCAGCUUGGUGUUUGUCUCAGGAGUAAUUCUCAGUAAUGUUGGUUCCAUGGAUUGGACCUGGCCACUCUGACCACUAGAUGGCCUCCUUGCCCAACAUGCCACCUUUUCCUUUGUUCCUCUACAGUACAGUUUGUUUACAACAUGGAAACAGCAUGAAUGAAUGGUAUGGUGUGAUAUCUGAAGAGCAGUGCACUGUGGAUCUCAAUAGAUUUGAGAUUACUUAACUUUAGCAAUAGCUAACAACACUGAAGACCUUGGAGUUAGAUUUAUGAGCAAGCUGCAGAACGCACAAUUUAUAUAUGUAUGUUGCCUGUCCAUGUCCAGAUAUAGGGUUAUUAUUUUCAAGCCAGUAGCAAGGAGAGAGUUUGAAUAAACCGUAAUAAAUGUAUAUUUUAAAACUUGAUGAACUGGAUUUGUAAGGGAUUAUUCUAUAAACAAUGUAGAGGGGAAGGCAGCCUCAGGAAGAUCAGGGUUCUGAAAUAAUGCAUGUAUAUCACUGUUACAGACUCCUUUCAUGGACAAUGCAGGAAUUCAAAAUAGGCUGUUAAAGAUGGAGUAUAUCUAUAAGCUCCUUUGCUUUAUUCCCUCUUGCUACUAAGCAUUUAUAGAACUGUUUGUUCCCAAGAACUAAAGUGCAUCAGCCGUGAUGAGCGCCAUAAGGGAACAAGAUAGCUGUCAGGGUGGAGGACAGACUUCAGGGUUCUUUGACAAGGGAGAAUAUAUGUGAAUUACAUCUCCUGUAAUUUAUUAUUUAUAUGCAUAUCAUGAAAAUUCUAUGUGCCUUCCAUAAUAAAG